GAGCGGGCGUGGCCUGCCUCUGCGCCUGUGCGGAAUUCCAGCUGCGACUGCUGAGGGAGAAAAUGAUACCCAGGUUGGGCUCCCCGGCCCACCAGCCGAGGAGAGGCCUGCGCUGCACACGCGCAGACCGAGCAUCCGCGUCAAGAGGCGAAGAGAGCGCGCACUCCCCACGUCCUGCGCGCCUGGCUGCCAGGCAUUCGUUUCAGCCGUGACUCUCGCCAGGCCGGGGCUGGCGCGCCCACGUCUGAAGAGCGAUGCCCCGGGAGAUCAUCACCUUGCAGCUGGGCCAGUGCGGCAACCAGAUUGGGUUCGAGUUCUGGAAACAGCUGUGCGCCGAGCAUGGUAUCAGCCCCGAGGGCAUCGUGGAGGAGUUCGCCACCGAGGGCACUGACCGCAAGGACGUCUUUCUCUACCAGGCAGACGAUGAGCACUACAUCCCCCGGGCCGUGCUGCUGGACCUGGAACCCCGGGUGAUCCACUCCAUCCUCAACUCCCCCUAUGCCAAGCUCUACAAUCCGGAGAACAUCUACCUGUCGGAACAUGGAGGAGGAGCUGGCAACAACUGGGCUAGCGGAUUCUCCCAGGUGUCCAGGCGACCGUUCCAGAGAUCUUUGAUAUUCCCAUCCAGAGGCAAGGGUGAGAAAAUUCAUGAAGACAUCUUUGACAUCAUAGACCGAGAAGCAGAUGGAAGUGACAGUUUAGAGGGCUUCGUGCUGUGUCACUCCAUCGCUGGGGGUACGGGUUCUGGCCUGGGCUCCUACCUCCUGGAGCGACUGAAUGACAGGUACCCCAAGAAGCUAGUGCAGACUUACUCAGUGUUUCCCUACCAGGACGAGAUGAGCGACGUGGUGGUUCAGCCCUACAAUUCACUCCUGACACUCAAGAGGCUGACGCAGAACGCAGACUGUGUGGUGGUGCUGGACAACACAGCCCUGAACCGGAUUGCCACAGACCGCCUGCACAUCCAGAACCCGUCCUUCUCCCAGAUCAACCAGCUGGUGUCCACCAUCAUGUCGGCCAGCACCACCACCCUGCGCUACCCCGGCUACAUGAACAAUGACCUCAUCGGCCUCAUCGCCUCGCUCAUUCCCACCCCACGGCUCCACUUCCUCAUGACCGGCUACACCCCGCUCACUACAGACCAGUCAGUGGCCAGCGUGAGGAAGACUACGGUCCUGGAUGUCAUGAGGCGGCUGCUGCAGCCCAAGAACGUGAUGGUGUCCACAGGCCGAGACCGCCAGACCAACCACUGCUACAUCGCCAUCCUCAACAUCAUCCAGGGAGAGGUGGACCCCACCCAGGUCCACAAGAGCCUGCAGAGGAUCCGGGAACGGAAGUUGGCCAACUUCAUCCCAUGGGGCCCCGCCAGCAUCCAGGUGGCCCUGUCGAGGAAGUCUCCCUACCUGCCCUCGGCCCACCGGGUCAGCGGGCUCAUGAUGGCCAAUCACACCAGCAUCUCCUCGCUCUUUGAAAGUUCCUGCCAGCAGUUUGACAAGCUGCGGAAGCGGGAUGCCUUCCUCGAGCAGUUCCGUAAGGAGGACAUGUUCAAGGACAACUUUGAUGAGAUGGACAGGUCUAGGGAGGUUGUUCAGGAGCUCAUUGAUGAGUACCAUGCGGCCACCCAGCCAGACUACAUUUCCUGGGGCACCCAGGAGCAGUGAUUUCCCUCCCCACUACUCCUUCUGGAUGGGAACCACAGCCUCGACAAUGCCUGCUCCCUCUGACCCAACUUCACCUCAUGAACAACCCUUCUUGGUUCAUCUCCAGCCCAUGAGCUGGUCCUGCUUCCUCCCUUCCAUGCCCUAACUCUUAAUAUGUUUGUUCAGCUCUAAUAAAGUAAUAAAGCUUGGUUGUCCGUAUA